AUGAACGUUGCGGUCGAUGAGUUUGGAAAACCAUUCGUCAUCGUUAGAGAACAAGAAAAGAAAAGAAUAACAGGACUCGAAGCACACAAGUCAAAUAUUUUGGCAGCAAGAGGUGUAUCAGAUACACUCACAACGUCACUUGGACCAAAAGGCAUGGAUAAAAUAAUAGUUGGACCAGACGGCCAAGUUACAAUCACGAACGAUGGAGCUACCGUUUUGCAGAAAAUGGAAAUUCAACACCAAUGUGCAAAGCUACUGGUUGAUUUAUCAAAAAGCCAAGAUGAAGAAGUCGGUGACGGUACAACAGGAGUUGUAAUUCUAGCAGGAGCACUUCUAGAUAAAGCCUUAAAGUUCCUGGAUCGUGGACUCCACCCUCUACAUAUUGCUGACGGUUACGAACAAGCAUGCUCAAUUGCAAUCGACACACUCAAAAAAAUUGCUAUUAAACAAGAUAUAUUCUCCGACAAUUAUCAGAUUCUAAAACAAGCGGCGUUCACAUCACUCGGAUCAAAGGUGGUUUCAAGCUGCCAGUCACAUUUGGCUGACAUUGCAGUGAGAGCAGUAAUGGCAGUUGCAGAUACAGAAAGAAAGGAUGUUAAUUUAGAACUAAUAAAGAUUGAGAGCAAGGCUGGAGGAAGAUUAGAGCAGACUGAAUUGAUUCAGGGAAUUGUUUUGAAUAAAGAUUUAAGUCAUUCUCAAAUGAGAAAGACUACGCGAGAUGCCAAAAUUGCAAUUCUAACAUGCCCAUUUGAACCACCGAAACCGAAAACCAAGAACAAAAUUGAAAUAAAAGAUGUUGAAAGUUACGAAAAAUUGCAGGAAUGUGAACGAAAUUACUUCUUGGACAUGGUUGAUCGAGUAGAGAAAUCUGGAGCUAAUUUUGUAAUAUGCCAAUGGGGCUUUGAUGAUGAAGCAAACCAUCUCUUGAUGCAGAGAGGAAUCCCAGCAGUUCGUUGGGUAGGAGGAGUUGAAAUGGAACUCAUAGCAAUAGCCACAGGAGGACAAAUAGUUGCAAGGUUCGAAGACUUAACCCCAGAAAAACUAGGAACAGCCAAACUCGUUAGAGAAAUUGCUACUGGAACAGAUCACUCCGAAGUGGUGGUUAUCGAAGGUUGCCCAAAUAGCAGAGCAGUUACAGUGCUAAUCAGAGGUGGUAAUCAGAUGACUGUUUGUGAGACUGAAAGGUCGAUCCAUGACGCAAUAUGCUGCGUGAGGAACUUGAUAAGAGAUUCAAGAGUAGUCCCAGGAGGAGGAGCCCCAGAAAUUGCAUGCUCAAUUGCAGUUGAAAAGGCUGCUGCAAAUUUCGAUAAGCUCGAACAGUACUCCGUGAAUGGUUUCGCAGAGGCUCUCUUGUCAAUUCCACUUGCGUUAGCAGAUAAUUCUGGACUCAACUCCUUUGAUUAUGUAACAAAGGCAAAAGCUAGACAAAUUAAGGAAAAUAACCCGUUUAUUGGAAUUGACUGCAUUAAUCUGGAAAUCGAUGACCUUUCAAAGUUUGGCAUCUUCGAGUCACUCCACUCGAAAGUGCAGCAACUUUCUCUCGCAACCCAAGUUGUCAAAAUGAUACUUAAAAUUGAUGAUGUAAUUACUCCAACAGAAUUCAACAAUUGA